UACGAGAAAAUAAUUGUUUAUAUAAAAUAAAUGUGACUUUAAAGGACUCGUUGUGAAAUUUCCUCAAAUUAUUCAUAAAAGAAGCGAGUGUUUUCGACAGCUGUGAUAAUCUAUCUACAUGAUGGCACCACAGCCACUGGAACAGGGUCUAGCGGCAGGCUACCUGCCGCAAGGCCAAGAAGGAAGUCCACGAAUGAACACAAUAUCCUUGGCAGUCCUCAUUGAUUUCAUCAUACAGAGAACCUAUCACGAUCUGACUGUGUUGGCAGAAUUGCUGCCACGAAAGUCGGACAUGGAACGUAAAAUUGAAAUUUACAAUUUUGCUGCACGCACAAGGCAGUUAUUUAUUCGCCUUAUUGCUCUGGUGAAAUGGGCAAAUUCUGUAUCCAAAGUGGACAAAUCAGCGAAUAUAAUGAGCUUUUUGGAUAAGCAAAAUAUGCUGUUUGUUGAAACGGCAGAUAUGCUGGCUCGUAUGUCCCGCGAAACACUGGUAAGGGCGUGUUUACCCAAUUUUCAUAUACCUGCUGCUGUUGAGGUUCUAACCAAAGGUACAUAUAAUCGCUUGCCAACCUGCAUACGAGAGCGUAUUGUUCCCCCCGAUCCAAUAACAGUUCAAGAAAAGCGCCAAACAUUGCAACGUCUAAAUCAAGUUAUACAGCACAGACUAGUUACGGGAAAACUUAUGCCACAAUUAAGGGAGUUCAAGAUACGAAAUGGUCGUGUUACAUUUGAGGUAAAACACGAGUUUAGAGUUUCCUUGACCGUGAUGGGUGAUAGUCCGACAGUUCCCUGGCGUUUGCUCGAUAUUGAUAUUUUGGUUGAAGACAAAGAAACAGGAGAUGGAAAGGCUUUGGUGCAUCCCCUUCAAGUCAAUUAUAUUCAUCAACUUAUACAAGCUCGACUUGUUGAAAAUCCUAAUGCCCUAAGCGAAGUCUACAACUGCCUACACUACUUUUGUCAAUCACUCCAACUAGAAGUUCUAUAUACCCAAACAUUGCGUCUCAGUUAUGAGCGCUUGGACGACAAUAUACAAGUCGAGGAAUAUAUUCCGGGUGUGAAAAUCACAGUUUCCUAUUGGCGUGAAUUAACCAGCAAAGAUCCUAAAUCCGAAUUGGGUUAUCGCUUAACAGUACAAUCAGAUCCCAAUGAAAUUGGACGCCCCCUGGCCGUGGUUCAUAUACCAUCUUUGGGGGCUAAAGAAUCAGCUGAGGUUGCCGAUCGCGCAGUACGUUCCGAUCAUUUGUCGAUGGAACGGCUUAUUGUACAUACUGUUUACAUACGAUCUGUAUCACGUUUGUCUGACUUGAAAUUGGAAUUCCAAGCUUUUCUCAAAGACGUUGAUUUUAAUUUACAAGGUACACCGGCUAUAUUGACAGUGCCGGUUCUAACGCCCUGUUUAAGGGCAGAACAAAUUCACAUAACAAUAGACACCCAUACGGGAAUGUUGCGCUGUCAUGUUCCCAAGCAUUUGGACUGUCCGAUAAUGCCAGAAAUGCAGGUUUGCCUUAAUGGAGAUCGCAACAAAUUGCCGCAAAUAAUGUCUGAAUUACGUUAUUGGAUAACUCAUCGACGUUGCGAAAAGACACUACAGCAUCUGCCUGCUACCGCUACCGAAACUUUACCAUUUCUCAAGGCACCCGAUAAUCCAUUGCUUCAGGCAGGAAGGCAUAAAAUUUUCGUUAAACUACAUCGUCACCCGAAUUUUAUAUUGGUUGUGCAGCUGAAGGAGAAGCCAAAUACACCUAAUGAAAUGGAGUAUACGUUCCAUCUAGGAUUCGUUGCUUUUCAGACAAAAGAAAAUGAUACUACUGUGGAAGAAUCCGCACAACAAUUGGUUCCAGUACAGGCCACACCCGCCCAGCAAGCUGCGGGGAACGCUUCUAAUGCCGAAGUGCCAAGAGUUUAUACAAAACUACUUAAACUUAUUGAAUUUGAUACUUUUGUCUCUACACAUGGCCCUGGAACAGAUGUUGACGAUACACCGCCACAUAAACGAAAAGCGGGCAAUGAACAUGGGGCACCGUCUGCAAAACAAGCAAAAACAAUUUAUCCAGCUUACUUUAUACCCGAACUUGCUCACGUUGUGGCCAUGUGUGAUGAGAAAAUACCAUUUUUGAAUUUAGCACAAGCCUUGACCAAACACAAUAUACCCCAUAGUGGUUUGCAGGUGGAAUCCAAUGCCACGUCAUUGGUAUUGAAAAUACUCGCUUUGCCCAAACCAGGGCAGACGCCUAUAUUUCAGCCACAACCUCAUAUACAAACCUUGCCGACCAUUGAGCCGCACAUAUGGAAGGAUCUAAUGAAACGACUACUGUCCAUUUCUAUCCGUUCUCAGAUGAAUAAAAAUAAUCAAAUUCGUAUCUGGGUUGUGGAGUUCGUAUUUUUCAGCACUCCACUACAAAGUAAUCAUGCCAAGGAACAGGGCAAUCGACGAACAGUUUACCUUACAUAUGAACAAAGUAAUCAUGAUUUCUCAAAAACAGUGGAAGAUUUACUAAAAGACUGGUCGAAAAUUGUGUAUCUCUAUACGUUAGCGUACAAUUUUGCUGAACACAUCAAAAACAAACGAUUAAAUAUUGCCGAUAUGGUUAGUAUAAAUUCGUACAAUUAUAUAAAUCUACUUCUCGGCUAUGGACCCAAAAAGGAGGUGAUUUGUAAUAUAUAUUGGUCAGCACAAUCACAUGGCUUUCGCUUGACAUUUAUGGGUGGCAUAACAACCGUUAAUGCUCACUCGAUGAUGCGAGAUCAAUUGGCUACACACUUGAAUAGCCAACAUAGUUUGGCCCAAAUGGUGUGCAUAUUACAUGAAACCUAUAAUCCUCUAUCAUCUAUAGCUAAGCUGCCAAUUAUUCCCCAUCUUGGAAUACCGCGACCACAAGUACCCGUCUUGUCGUUUUGUAUUCUACCACAAUCGCCUUGUCUGAUACGCCUGGCUUACCAAUCUAUAUAUUGUCUUGAGAUACGUUUUAAAUCCGGACGUUUGGUUUCAAUACGUGAUGGUGCCUUUAGUCGUUUUGAUCGCAAUUUAAUUGUCGAAUUCACACCUAUACAAGGAUUGAAGGGAUUCCUAUCAAAAUACGUUGACGAGAAUGCGGUUUAUCGUGGUCGAUCACAAAGUGAAGAUGACAAUCCUCCCUCGCCUUUGGGCAUGGAAGAUAAUUUUGGCGGACCAGGCAGUGUAUCAGGUGGUGGAACGGGAGGCUCAUCACCAUUUCUUAGUGCUGGCAUGAGAGGACCUCAAUCACCCCGAGAUAGCGGCUUGCGUUUUCCGGCACCCCAUACGCCACCAUCUAGCUCGAAUCCCCAUACCCCAGCCAGUCCUCAUCCUGUUGGUGGUGGAUCGUCUGGAGGUGGUACCGGGCAAAAUCAUCCGAACUAUAACCUAACUUCGCCGCCAGGACCCCACAUGCCGCAUCCUUCUCCUAGUGGUCUUAUGCCCUCAUCGCCACUAAAUCCCCAACCAAGUCCGCAUAUGGUUCACAGUCCCGGACCCAACACACUUUACAUGCAAGGUCACCAAGACUCUCCGUUUGCGGCAAUGUCACCGGCCAAUAGUAAUUGGCCCGGAUCACCGAGUAUGCCAAGGCCAUCACCGAGACCAGGACAAAGUCCAGAUCACAAAUCUAGCCAAACAGGCACGGCUGGUCAAAAUCCUGCCGGUAACAACUCGGGUAAUUCACAAAGCCUCAAUCGGAUGCCCCAAGCCAAUCGUUCAUGGGCUGGAGCAAUACCAACCAUAUUGACACAUGAAAAACUGGACCUACUUUGUCGUCCCAGUCCACAUCCCAAUAAGGAAAUUGGUGCAACACCGGAUAUAAGUCCAUUGGAACGUUUUCUUGGUUGUGUCUACAUGAGACGUCAGCUCUAUCGAAACAUUCAAAAUGACGACACACUACAGCUACUGAACUCGAACGAGCCCGGUGUGGUGUUGUUCAAAGUCGAUGGCAUGCAAUGUCAAGUGACUCUAAAUCAGGUUCAUAUGCAAUCGUUACACCUGAAGAUUGUCCCAUUGCCACCUCCACCCACUCCGGAUGGCAAACAACCUUUCCAAUUGAGUCCUGAAGAUUUUCUGGUACUAGAGCAAUUCUUUGAUACACGAGUGGCUGCGCCACCGUACCGUCCCAAUUCGUUGCAUGGCUUUAGUCGUGUUUUGAGUUGUACACCGCAAGUUCUUAAAGACUUUGUACAAAUAAUGCGCUUGGAAAUGAAGCCUGAAUUGGGAGGAGAUCAACUAAAAUGGACAGUGCAGUUCUGUACUCGGGUGCCACCAUCAGCGGCACCCAUUGUCCCAAUUGGCAAUCCCGGUGUACAUAUAGUGCGAUUGAAAAUAUUAUUCUUCUUACAAAUUACAAGAAUACCAUAUAAUGGCAAAGAAUGGAAGGAUAGUCCGUCACUAGUUUUACCAAUGGUGUACGAUCUUAAUUCGAAUUUAACACAAUUGGCUGAAAAGCGUGAAACGGUUCAAUCGCCAGCCGCCAUUGCAGCAAGUACAUUGUUGAGACGUUUCUCGGAAUAUGGUGUACCACAUGGGCAGUGUUCACUGUUUCCGGCUGUAAGAGAUUUAUUGACCAAUCUACAAUUACCAAAUGACGUACCACCACCAAAUCAGGCUAUUGGUCCUCCAGUUGGGUCCAUGGUUGGAUCGAGUCCAAAUCCCAUUAUGCAUUCGCCAAUGCAACAAAUGGGUGGACCUGUGGGACCACCCCAAGUCGGUCCCGGAUAUCAACAAAUGCCCCAAAAUCCCGGCCCUCAGUGAUGAAGGCGGAAACGCCGCUCGGCAGCCAAUAAUAAUGUAUGAUGCAGCACAGGCGGCUGAUUAAAUAAA